AACACAUCGCAGCGAAUCGCGGCGGCGGCAUCCCCCAUUGCCAUCCGUGGCCUCAUCUCUGACCUCUCGCCGCCCCCGGCGUCGCCGACGCGAUGCCUCCGCUCCCGAGGCUCCUCCACCGCCACCUCUCCGUCCCGUUCGCGCGCCGCCUCACCCCUUGCCAUCCGUGUCCGCCCGCGGCCGACGUCUUCCUCCGUCGCGGGCUCGCAUCUUCCUCCGCCGCUGCGGCAGCGGGCCGGGAGAAGAGCUCUAGGAAGACCCUGGGUUACCUUGUCGGCGUGGCAGUCGCCAUGGUCGGCGCCUCCUACGCGGCCGUCCCGCUCUACCGCCGGUUCUGCCAGGCCACCGGGUACGGCGGCACCGUCCAGCGCCGCGAGAGUGUAGAAGAGAAGAUCUCCCGACAUGCUCGAGUCGGAACGGCACCAUCAAGAGAGAUAGUUAUCCAAUUUAAUGCUGAUGUUGCUGAUGGAAUGCCAUGGAAGUUUAUUCCUACGCAGAGAGAGGUGAAGGUUAAACCUGGUGAAAGUGCUCUUGCAUUUUAUACUGCUGAAAAUAGCAGUUCAGCUCCAAUUACUGGUGUGUCCACGUAUAAUGUUGCUCCGAUGAAGGCUGCAAUUUACUUCAAUAAAAUACAAUGUUUCUGCUUUGAGGAGCAAACACUUCUUCCAGGGGAGCAGAUUGACAUGCCGGUAUUCUUCUACAUUGACCCUGAGUUUGAGACGGACCCCAAAAUGGACGGGGUGAACAACAUAGUUCUUUCCUAUACAUUCUUUAAGGUGAAAGAGUAGAAAUGAUUGUAAGUGACCCGUAACAUUAAUUCUAUUGAAACCGUUACGCAAAUUGUGUUCCUAAAAACUCCUCAUGUAACACCAAGAGUAAAAGGUUAGGUUUUUCAUGUAGUUAUUAGUUCACAUGGUUUGGUGGAAAUUUUUGCAAAUAAUCUGUAAGGAUUGUUCCGAUGCAGUCAAAUUGGAGAAACAGUUUUGGGCCGAUCUGAAGAAUCGAGGAAGGGGAAUGAAUGUAUUGAUGGGAUCAGGAAACUUUAUCACGUUUGUUUGGACCUAAAUGGUUAAUGUAUUUUUUUCCUGGUAA